CUAGUUAAGUCAUUAUCUAAACUCUCUUCUUGCCUUCUCAAAUUUCAGUCUCUUGAAUCUCACAAACUAGGGUUUAGGGUUUCGGUUUCUUCUCCGAUCAGAAAAUGAGUUCUACAACCAAGGGCGGAAGAGGCAAGCCAAAGGCUUCCAAAUCUGUUUCAAGAUCCUCAAAGGCCGGUCUUCAAUUUCCCGUCGGUAGAAUCGCUAGAUUCCUCAAGGCAGGAAAAUACGCCGAGCGUGUUGGUGCCGGUGCUCCCGUCUACCUCUCCGCCGUCCUCGAAUAUCUUGCCGCUGAGGUUUUGGAAUUGGCUGGGAAUGCUGCUAGGGAUAACAAGAAGAAUCGUAUUGUACCAAGGCACAUUCAACUAGCUGUAAGAAACGAUGAAGAACUGAGCAAGCUUUUGGGAACUGUAACCAUUGCUAAUGGUGGUGUUUUGCCUAAUAUUCACCAGACUUUGUUGCCUAAGAAGGUUGGAAAGGGAAAGGGAGAAAUUGGAUCUGCUUCUCAAGAAUUCUAGGGUUUAUUUUGCAGCAAUUGUAAAAUACAUGGUUCGUUACUCCAAAUUGGUUGCACUGGUUUUGAUCAAGUGAUAGAUGACACAAACUAAAUUGGAUGGUGUAUUUCACAUGUUGAAUCUUGCUUUCGAAAAUAUUUGUUCACUGGAAAAUCACGUCAAAUAAUGAUUUUUUUGGAAAAGUCUUAUUGGAUACAUGGAGGACUUGUCGAUGUUUCUUUGUAAUACAUUUGUUUAUCAUGAAUGAAAGAAACUUGGUGUGUUCCAAAAAAAAUUGUUUUGAUGCUAUUUUCCAUUCAAUAA